AAAUUAAACUGUCAGAUCAGUGUGAAUGAAAAUGUUUUAAACAUUUAUAAUACAUUGUUUCUAUUUAUAUUGUGUAAAAAUGGCUCUUGUUAAGCUUUGCUUACCAUUUGUGACUAGAACCGUAAGAUUAUACCCUAUAGCACAACAAGCUCAAAAAAUACACCGAUGGGUCGCUCCUACUUUAAUGGAGCUGAAGCGAAGAGAAGAUAAGCAGGGCGGUAAAAUAACGAACCCCAGAAACACUUUUCUUGAGUGGAAUUUAGAAGCUGAAUUAUUUGCGUUUGGGAAGCGAUUGAAUGAAGAAUUCGAUUCGGAUCUAUUACUCCAGGCUUUCACUGACAGAUCUUACGUUAUUAAAGAGGAAAUGAAACAAAAAGAAAUGGAAUUCAAAUUGGAAAUGAAAGACAAUAGGAAAUUGGCUGAAGAAGGUGAAAAAUUCAUGAAACAGUACCUCCAGUUGUACUUAGAGGCCGCUCUGCCCAAGUUUCCCUUGGAGGGGGUUGCGGGAGUGAGGCAGCAUCUGACCAGCGAAGAAACCCUCUCCAACAUCUCUCUCCAUCUUGGCACCAAGGACAUCAUACUUGCUGCUGAGUAUCCAGUGGACAACUACACAUUAGCCACAGCAUUCAAAGCAAUAGUGGGGGCGCUACUGCAGUCUUGUGGGGAGGAGAGGGCUGCACACUUUGUCAGGGACUUUGUCAUCACACAACUGCAAGGGCAAGAUGUGAAUGAGUACUGGCACAUAGAGGACCCUUGGGGCAUGCUGACUGGUCUGCUCAAGAACCAGGGUGCUGAGGUGGAGCCCCGACUUAUCGGCGAGGUCGGCAAGAACACUCUACUGGCUUGCUAUAGAGUUGGACUUUAUGUUGACAAGAGGAUGAUUUCCGCAGGAUUCGGCGAAAACAUACCCACAGCCAAAGAGAUGGCAGCGCGGGAGGCUCUGAAGAAGAUCUUCGGAACCGAAGACCAUAUGAAGCCCAUCAACUUCCAACUGCAGGGCAUUCCCAAACCCACCUCGGAGACCAGAUACCAGGUCGCUGCCAGUUGAAGAGGACUGUAGGAUUAAGUGCUUUGCUUUUAAAAUACCACAUUUAUACUUGGUUUUUAGAAACCUUAAUAUUAUAUGGAACAAGACUGCCCUUGUAGUGAGAUUAGCACUUGAUAUUAUUAUGUUGACGGCCGAUUAUAAUAUUUUUCCUCUCACUAGCUCGGAAACAAGUGUUUUUUCCUUUAAUACCAGUGGGUAAAAACGAAUUUUAUCUACUAGUGGGUAAAGUAAUUUGACCUUGAAUAAAGAAGAAGAAAAGUCA